GAUCUACGCUUCCAGACCCUCCUCAUUUCUUUUUUCUUGUGCUAAUGGGCGGUAAUACUACACCCGGGUACAACGGCUUCCAUUCUCCUAGCUUGUAUCGUCUUGCUUGGAAGCCGUCUUGGCCGGCUUUGGGGUCUUCCCCCAUACCCAUCCGCUUCUGGCAAGCCACUUGGGAGACAAGGGUUCCUUACACAACAACCUGACGGAGACCCCAUCAAACUAGGUGCGGAUGUUAAGCUAUGCGGUAGUGCAUCUACAUUAAAUCCCAAGAGGAGUUGCAAAUGCCAAGUCGGGAAAAGCCACCGACGACAGCAGCAAGCAGGACGCAGGCAAAUGCGAGGUCCGGCAGUGGCAGCAGCAUAAAAAAUGAAAACAAAAACCUCCCAAUAAAAACCGGCGAUAGGGGAUCGACAAACAACAUCCUGUAAGCUUGGGUUUUGAUGUGUUUCCCAUUGUCCUAGACCUGCAGAAUUGACCAAACCAGCCGUCGUUCCAAGCCCACCAGACAGAGUCGGUGCGGCGGGCACAUUGGCCCAGGUCCAGAUGCAGGGUAGGCUCUCACACCCAUGGCCUGGCUGCCAUGGUCAAAACGCGUUUCAACCACGCUGCAUCAGCCUCCUCCUCCUCCUCCCCCAUCACUCUCUCACCUACCACACCCCCUUCGCAACCAACGUCCAUUCGCCUCGUCUCGUCUCGCCUCGCUUCUACCGUCAUUUGCAACACGCCCAUGGUCGAAAGGGGCCCCCUCUCCGGCCCCUUGUCCACUGACGUCUCGCGGUGGGCCGGUGCCCGGGAAGGGGCGUGGACAAGGGUCUUUACCUUUUCAGAUGCUCGACGAAAGACAGCGACAACGACGACGACCACCCAAUCGAUGCAAUCAGGGGGCCUGAGGGUCUGGCUUUUUCUUCUUUCCGUUGUCGAGGCUUCCUCUUACUGGAUCUUGGGACGAUCCCGAGGGCUGCUUAAAUUCAUGCCGUUCCCUCGCACCCCCCUCCCUCUGUGUCUGGUCCCUCUUUCUUUCUGGAGAUUCCAUCAACAAACAAUCUUGAGGCGGGAUUUCCUAGUUUCUUCUUCCCUUUUCUUUACUUUCUUCUCGAAUCUUUAAUUCUUCAACUUCUCCAAAGGCUAGUCCUACCAAGCGCAAGUCGCUUUUUGCUCGAUAUUCCAACCGUUUAGUACCGCUACUCUCGCUCGACUCGUCUCCGCCGACCAAAUAUUCACAACACUAUUCUACUGGUUGAUUAAGAACCACAUAAAAGACUCUCAAAAUGCAUAUCUCGGCUAUGGUUGUUACGGCUCUGGCCGCCGUUGCUCAGGCCGUCGACGUGCAGGUCGUCUCCGUCGCCUCGACCAACAACACGCUCAAGUUCUUCCCCGACAAGAUCAACGCCCCCGUCGGCUCCAUGGUGCAGUUCCAAUUCCGCGGCGGCAACCACUCAGUUGUCCAGUCCACCUUCGACAACCCGUGCAUCCCCAUCUCCAACGUAAACGCCUCGGCAAAGGGCGUCUACUCGGGCUACCAACCUGUUCAAGCCUCGGCCGCUAUGGGACAAAUUCCCGUCUUCACCGUCAUGGUCAACAGCACCGCGCCCAUGUGGCUGUACUGCUCCCAGGGCAAGCACUGCCAAAACGGCAUGGUUAUGGUCAUCAACGAGAACUCCAGGGCCAACGCCACCCGUACCAUUGAGAACUACGCCAAGGCAGCAAAGAAUGUCCCUCAGGCCCAGAUCCCCGGCGGUGGCUCUGCAGGCGGCAACGGCGGCGGUUCUGCCUCUCCCACUGGCGGUGCCGGUGGCGGCUCCAACGGCGGUGGCUCCAACGGCGGCAGCGGCGGCGGUUCCGGUGCCACACCGUCCUCUCCUCCUACCGCCGGCGCCGUCUCCCUCAGCGCGCCCGGUACUUUGCUGCUCGCCCUCGGUGCCGGCUUCCUGCUCUUGUAAGAAGCGUCGUCGUGACGGCUGUGGAGUUCGGGUCAGGCCGGGCGUUGGGCUCUGGCCACGGUGUACACUUUUUGUGCUGAUGAAACUUAAUACCAUUCACUUUUCCUCUUUUUUUUACCUCAUCAUUCGUGGAGGGCGGCGCAUGUCAACCGCUGGUUCGCACGGUACGGCCGGGAAGCCCGAGAAAACCAAAAGACUAGAAAGGGGGGGCUUUCUCCCUGUGUAUAUGGGGAUCCAUGCCGGGAAC